AUGGUGCGGCUUAGGUCAACUAACACAAAGAAGAUACAGUUCACUCAACGAUUGCCUUUGGGUUCCGAACUCCAUAUGGGGAAGGAGCGUUGUUGUUUCCGAGGUCUCGAUCAUUUACAUGGACCCACUUCUCAUUCCAUUUGUGGGAAUUUGAUGAUCUAUAAACCGCCCCUAACGAAUGAUCGCCUCAUGUUUGAGCAUGAUGAAUCACUUCGUGCCGACCUGUUGCCAAUAAACUUUUCGGCCUCAUAUGAGAAUGGAAAACUGGAUAAUUUUCUGCAUCGGUGGAUGAAAAAUCGCGAACAUAAUAAUUUUUUGUUGAUCAUGUUCCCAGAAAAAAGAUACUUUAGAGAAACAACGAGCACGACUGAAGUGGCUAUACAUACAAAUCCAUUAACGGAUAGAUAUGCUUCGAUUGGAACUUCCAGUUCCAGAACAGGCGGCUGGUAUACCACCAUAAUGAAACUGCCUUUUCUUUUUUUUAUUCGGAUAGGAUUUAUGUUGGCUUCGUCGGGAGGCUCGCGUAGUUUGUUACGUCAACUCCAAAAGGAUAAGUUGCGUUGGAAUCGAGAAAGUUCUGUGGAAUUCAAAAUUGCAUUAAUAAAUAAAUAA